GAGAGGGGCUGAGGCAGCCGGGCAGACGUCGCCUUCCUCCUCCUUCCUCUCGCCGCGAGCUUGCCCCUUUGCCGGCUUCAAUGAAACUGGCAGCGAUGAUCAAGAAGAUGUGCCCCAGCGAGGCCGAGCUGAGCAUCCCCGCCAAGAACUGCUACCGCAUGGUCAUCCUGGGCUCCUCCAAGGUGGGCAAGACGGCCAUCGUCUCGCGCUUCCUCACGGGCCGCUUCGAGGAGCAAUACACACCCACCAUCGAGGACUUCCACCGCAAGUUCUACAGCAUCCGCGGUGAGGUCUACCAGCUCGACAUCCUGGACACGUCGGGCAACCACCCCUUCCCAGCCAUGCGCCGCCUCUCCAUCCUCACAGGAGAUGUGUUCAUCCUGGUGUUCAGCCUGGACAACCGGGACUCCUUUGAGGAGGUGCAGCGCCUGAAGCAGCAAAUCCUGGAGACCAAGUCGUGCCUGAAGAACAAAACCAAGGAGAACAUAGAGGUGCCUCUGGUCAUCUGCGGCAACAAAGGUGACCGGGACUUUUACCGAGAGGUGCAACCCCGAGAGAUCGAGCAGCUGGUGGGAGGAGACCCCAAAAAGUGCGCCUACUUCGAGAUCUCAGCCAAGAAGAACAGCAGCCUGGACCAGAUGUUCCAGGCGCUCUUUGCCAUGGCCAAGCUGCCCAGCGAGAUGAGCCCCGACCUGCACCGCAAGGUCUCGGUCCAGUACUGUGACAUCCUGCACAAGAAGGGGCUGAAAGGCAAGAAGCUGCUGAAAGAGGGGGGCCGGGGCAGCACGGAGGAGGCGUACGGCAUCGUGGCCCCCUUCGCUCGGCGGCCCAGCGUCCACAGCGACCUCAUGUACAUCCGGGAGAAAGCCAUCGGCGGUGGGCACAGCAAGGAGAAGGACCGCUGCAUCAUCAGCUAGGAGCCCCCGCUCCCUGCCACAGGAAGCACGGACAGGAGGAAGGGAAGAAGGGAGGAAAGAAGGGAGGGGGGAAAGAUGCUCAUUUCUGAAUUGACUUUGGGCAGGCAGAGAGAGGGCCGCUUCUUCCCCAGCCUCCCUCCUCCCGAGGGGUCGCUUUCAACUCCCUCCCCCGGGGAGGGUAUUUUGGGAGCAAGGGAUGUGAAAGGGAAGGCUUUGGAGGGCAGGAGGUGGGGGGGUGCUGCUGGGACCAGCCUCCUCUAGUUAGAGAAACACAGGAAGGGUGAGCUGCCAGAUGGGAGGAUGAGUGCGGAGGGCACAGACCCUGGCAUUUCUUUCUCUCCCAAACCACCCAGCCUCGGGCACUGCCUUCAAGAGGGAGAGCAAAGGCCUGCCAGCGCCUGCUUGAGGCUUUGGGCUUGGGUUUUUGUUGUUUUGGCUUUUUUUUUAACUUGAGAAGCUGUGCACGGACUCUGGCGCUGUGUCGUGUGUUUGUCUGUGUCUGCAAAACACAUGCAGAAGACACUCCUAAGCUGUUGCAAAGAUGUUGCAGAGUUACAGCCCCGAUGGAGCGAAAAACUGACUCUUGUUUACAUUUGUC